CAACAAUGAAAAAACAAAACAAGAACCGAGUACGUACUUGGAAAGGUUUCAUUGAUAGAUCACGAUCUAUAUAAAUGAAUGAUACUAAAGGGAAAAAUAUCAUAUCCAACUUCUUUGAAACACACACUACAGAGAGACAUAUGGGGAGCUUGCAGCAACAGCAACACCAUGUCAGUGGUGGAUAUAACAGCCACCAGGUUGUAGCUGUGCCGGAGACACCACCAACCGGAGGACACGAUCACCAGAUUCACGAACACAAGAAGCCUGGAUGGAGAAAUUUUUUGUCGUAUGUUGGCCCGGGUUUCUUGGUCUCAUUGGCAUAUCUUGAUCCCGGAAAUUUGGAAACUGAUUUGCAGGCUGGGGCAAACCAUGGAUAUGAACUACUAUGGGUGAUUCUUAUCGGAUUAAUCUUUGCUCUUGUGAUACAAUCUCUUGCAGCUAAUCUUGGUGUAAGCACUGGUAAACACCUUUCAGAACUCUGCAAGGCUGAGUACCCUCGAUAUGUUCGAUACUGCCUAUGGAUACUAGCUGAGAUUGCCGUCAUUGCAGCUGACAUUCCUGAAGUGAUUGGGACAGCAUUUGCGCUUAACAUAUUGUUCCACAUCCCGGUUUGGGUUGGAGUUCUUUGUACUGGUUUGAGUACUCUCCUACUACUUGGCCUCCAGAGAUAUGGGGUUAGAAAACUUGAAUUGUUGAUAGCAAUAUUGGUGUUCAUCAUGGCUGCAUGUUUUUUUGGUGAAUUGAGUUAUGUGAAGCCUCCAGCAAAGGAUGUAAUGAAAGGAAUGUUCAUUCCUAAGCUCAGUGGCAAUGGUGCAACUGGUGAUGCCAUUGCACUAUUGGGCGCUCUCGUCAUGCCGCAUAAUCUUUUCUUGCAUUCAGCUCUGGUACUUUCUCGGAAAAUACCAAAUUCAGUUCGAGGCAUCAAUGAUGCAUGUCGAUUUUUCUUGAUUGAGAGUGGAUUUGCAUUGUUUGUAGCAUUCUUGAUUAAUGUUGCUGUUAUUUCUGUAUCUGGCACGGUUUGUCUGGCCAAGGAUUUGUCCAAAGAUAAUACAGAACGUUGCAAUGAUCUAACACUCAACUCUGCUUCAUUCCUGCUCAAGAAUGUUCUGGGAAGAUCGAGUUCCACUGUUUAUGCCAUUGCGUUACUAGCCUCAGGCCAAAGCUCUACCAUUACUGGCACAUAUGCUGGACAGUAUAUUAUGCAGGGUUUCUUGGAUAUGAAGAUGAAGACAUGGAUUCGAAACUUCAUGACUAGGUGCAUAGCCAUCACACCUAGUCUAAUAGUCUCGAUUAUUGGUGGAUCAUCGGGAGCAGGUCGACUGAUCAUCAUCGCAUCGAUGAUACUUUCUUUUGAACUUCCAUUUGCUCUCAUCCCUCUUCUUAAAUUCAGCAGCAGUUCCACCAAAAUGGGACCACACAAGAACUCAAUAUAUAUAGUGGUGUUCUCAUGGAUAUUGGGGCUGGGAAUCAUAGGCAUCAACAUAUACUAUUUGAGUACAGCCUUUGUGGACUGGUUAAUCCAUAACAAUCUACCGAAAGUUGGGAAUGUCUUUAUUGGAAUCAUAGUUUUUCCAUUGAUGGCUGUAUAUAUAUUGUCAGUAAUCUAUCUUAUGUUUCGUAAAGACACGGUUGUGACGUUCAUUGAGCCCACAAACUUCGAUCCAAUUGCUCAAACGCGUAUGGAAAAGGGGGACAACAACGUAGAUGGUGAAAACGAGUUGCAACCUGUUCCGUACAGAGAGGAUCUUGCUGAUAUUCCAUUGCCUCUAUAGAGUUGUGGGAAUAGAGAGUUUUCAUGAUCAAUCUCCCUUUUCUCCAUUCUGUUAAAGUUCAAACGAAAGUUGUUUACUAUCUAUAUAGCUAGAGCUAAUAAAUGAUCGACAUACAAAUAUUUCGUUUCAGUCAUUUUGUAUGAUAGUGCAGGCUUAAAAGCGGAUUUUUUUAGUUGAUUUUCGAUUAGAUAUGCUGCUAAAAAAGUAGCUGAAGGAUCACUUUUAAGCACUGUCGAUAUGUAUACUUACAGUUUCCACAUUUCCAAUUUGCUCCCUCGAUUAGGGUUAUAAUUAUUAGUC